CCGUUGAAAAACUGAACACAGUACACAAAGUUCUCACCUUCAGGAGCUGAUUGAAGAAACCUCACAAGCUUAAAGUUGAUGUUAGUCUCAGCAACUUCAAACCAGCCAUGGAACUCAACACACCCGACUCUCAUUCUUCUCCCAAAAUCCAAAACACUUCACGAUGUGAAUCAAAUUCAUUCUCGUUUGAUCACGACUGGGUUCAUCAACAACCCUUCUUUAACCACCAGGAUCAUUCUAAAUUUCUCAUCUUCUUCCCACAAGCCCCUUGUUGAAUUUGCUCGCUACCUCUUCAUGUCGCGGCAUUUCGGCCGAAAAUAUCGAAAGCAAGACAACCCUUUUCUUUGGAACGCGAUAAUCAAAUCUUUCUCACAUGGGGAAGACCCAAGAGAGGCUUUUGUUAUAUUUAAUCUAAUGCUUGAAAAUGGGGUUUGUGUAGAUAAGUUCUCCUUUUCACUUGUGCUUAAGGCGUGUUCGCGGUUGGGCUUGAUUAAGGAAGGAAUGCAGAUUCAUGGGUUGUUGGGGAAGAUGGAAAUUGGGUCGGAUGUGUUUCUGCAGAAUUGUUUGAUGUGUUUGUAUUUGCGAUGUGGAUGUCUUGGAAUUGCCCGCCAGCUGUUUGAUAGAAUGAUGAAGAGAGACUCGGUAUCUUUUAAUUCGAUGAUUGAUGGGUAUGUGAAGCAUGGGAUGGUGAAAUCAGCACGGGAGUUAUUUGAUGUUAUGCCAAUGGAACAGAAAAAUUUGAUUUCUUGGAAUUCAAUGAUCAGUGGGUAUGCACGAUCGGAAGAAGGGCUCAGGGUUGCUUGGGAGUUGUUUGAGGAAAUGCCUAAGAGAGAUUUGAUUUCUUGGAACUCUAUGAUUGAUGGGUGUGUCAAGUGUGGGAAAAUGGAAAAUGCUCACCACUUGUUUAAUCAGAUGCCAAAAAGAGAUGUGGUCAGUUGGGCCAAUAUGGUUGAUGGGUAUGCAAAAUUAGGUGAAAUAGAUAUUGCCAGGGGUUUGUUUGAUGAAAUGCCAGAGAGGGAUGUGAUUUCUUGCAAUGCAAUGAUGGCUGGAUAUGUUCAAAAUGGGCAUCUUAUGGAAGCAUUAAAUUUUUUUCAUGAUAUGCUAAGCAGGAAAGAGUUGUUUCCUGAUAAUGCCACUUUGUUGAUCACUCUUUCUGCAAUUGCCCAAUUGGGACACUUUGAUGAAGGGGUAGCACUACAUUGCUAUAUAGAAGACAACGGAUUUUCUUUGAGUGAAAAACUUGGUGUUGCCCUCAUAGACAUGUAUGCCAAGUGUGGCAGCAUUGACAAUGCUCUGUCAGUAUUUGAGGAUAUAGACGAUAAAAGUAUUGAUCAUUGGAAUGCUAUAAUUGGUGGUUUGGCCAUUCAUGGCUUGGGCGAAGUGGCUUUUGAAUUGUUCAUGGAGAUGGAGAAACUUUUUGUAAAACCAGAUGAUAUCACAUUCAUUGGAGUGUUAAAUGCUUGUAACCAUGCUGGCUUGGUGAAGGAAGGUCUGAUGUGUUUUGAGCUUAUGAGAAGAGUUCACAAAGUGGAGCCAAAACUCCAACAUUAUGGAUGCAUGGUUGACAUCCUAGGCCGAGCAGGCCAUGUGGAAGAAGCCAAGAAAUUUGUAGAAAAAAUGCCCAUUGAGCCAAAUGAUGUGGUUUGGAGGACUUUGCUUAGUGCUUGUAGGAAUCAUGAAAAUUUCACAAUUGGAGAACCAGUAGCUAAGCAUUUAAUUAGUGUGGAUUCUUAUAAUCCAAGUUCUUAUGUGCUCCUGUCUAACAUAUAUGCUGGUUUUGGCAUGUGGAAUGAUGUUUACCGGAUUAGGAUGAUGAUGAAACAAAGGGAUCUAAAGAAAAUUCCAGGUUGCAGUCAGAUUGAACUCGAGGGGAAUGUUCACGAGUUCUUUGUCAGAGAUAAAUCCCAUCCUCAGGUUAGAGAGAUCUAUUCCAUGUUGGACAGUUUGUCUGCUCUCAAUUCAGAGGUUGCCUAUUGUAAACAUUAGUGCUGAGUUGGGCACUGAUGAUCAGAAGCUGACAAGUCAUCGACGGAUUAAAAUGUCUUAUUGUGGCCAGUGGUAGAUGGACAAUCCAAUUACCAACUCAGCAAGCUGCCAUCUUCAUAAUGUAUCUAUACUUUGAUUGCAUUGAGAUACAAAUCAGUGUCUGAUUCAAAGAAAAAUAUGGUGGAAAUUGCAACUUCAGCAACCCAAGUUACAGUUUGUAUAGGGAUUGAGACUGACAACCAAGUGAAGAACAGGCAAGAAACAGAAAGGACGAAGAGGACAGAAGUGUUCACGGGCACUGGAAUCAAACACUAAAAAGCUGGACUUUAUGUUUAUGAGAGCCCACUUACUUUCAUACACGGAGUAUAUAAUAGACUAUGUGAGUCCAUUACUCUGUUCUGCUUGCGUUACUAUAAAAUAAUGAAAAGUUGUGAUUCCA